AUGGCCGAGUCAGUGCUUGUCGAUCAUCCCGAUCUCUCCAGCUUAACUGGUUCGCCCGGUCAGAAGCGCAAGCGGGAAUCUAGCAGCCCCGGUCUCUCUCGGAACAAGCGCCCUGCGCCAGCCGCACACAUGUCAGACACCUCCUUCAUGGACAGCGCCUUGGACCCAAGCCAGACUGGCGGCGUCAGCGUCGCCGAUUUCAAUGCUCUUCAGCAAGCCGCUCAGGCCGAGCAUACUGAGGCCCCUGAUCCCACCAGUGCUACCAGCACCGCCCAGGCCGCCCUCGGCAUGUAUCCCACCCUCCAUGUCCCGCCAUCAACAGAGGAGCAAUUCGCGGCCCAAGCCAGCGAGGUUGAUCACAACCACGACAACUCGUUCAACGAUGUUCCCCCACCUCCAGACAGCCUCCUGGACCCUCCCCAGAUCACACCCCCACAACACCAACAGACACCUCCCAACGGGGUCCAGCAGCACUCAGUGACUCGCUAUACCACCUCAGCUAACCCCAAGCCUACAGUAGGAUCUGAGGAGUGGCACAAGAUGAGGAAGGAUAAUCACAAAGAGGUGGAGCGUCGACGCCGUGAAACAAUCAAUGAGGGUAUUAACGAGCUCGCCAAGAUUGUUCCAGGCUGUGAGAAGAACAAGGGAUCCAUCUUACAGCGGGCCGUGAGCUUCAUUUCUCAGCUCAAGGAAAACGAGCAGCAGAAUAUCGAAAAAUGGACACUCGAGAAGCUGCUUACGGAACAGGCCAUUACGGAACUGAGCGCCUCCAACGACAAGUUGAAGCAAGAGUGCGAGCGGCUUUACCGGGAACUCGAGACGUGGAAGCGAGUGGCUCAAAACGCCGGUCUAGAACCCCCUCAACCCAAGGAGGAGAACCUUGCCGCUCCCGUCUCAAGCUAG